CGUAGAUCAUACGGUUUCGGCAGAGCCGAUGAGGCGACACACCCCGACUCCAUUAGAGCCACUUUAGCUGAGUUCCUGUCCACUUUUGUCUUCGUAUUUGCAGCUGAAGGCUCUAUCCUCUCUCUCGAUAAGUUGUAUUGGGAGCACGCGGCUCAUACAGGAACAAACACACCAGGAGGAUUGAUAUUAGUGGCGUUGGCUCAUGCCUUUGCUCUGUUCGCUGCUGUUUCAGCAGCCAUCAAUGUCUCUGGUGGACACGUAAACCCGGCCGUCACUUUCGGUGCCCUUGUCGGAGGCAGACUUUCAGCGAUCCGUGCCAUCUACUAUUGGAUCGCUCAACUUCUUGGAGCCAUCAUCGCUUGCCUCUUGUUGAGGCUCGCAACAAACGGCUUGAGACCGGUCGGUUUCCGUGUAGCAUCAGGCGUUGGGGUGGUUAACGGACUCGUGCUAGAGAUCAUUUUAACAUUUGGCCUAGUCUACGUCGUGUAUGCGACUUUGAUUGAUCCAAAA